UACUCCAGCAUGUGCAUCCACACUGCUGUUUAAUACUUCUCCCGCUCCUGCCUUGCCAGCAGCUCAUCUCGCUGUCUGGAGCUCUGCUGGGCUGGUUCUGCCGAGUGCGCUCUGCUUGCCAACAGCCCAGGGUAUCUCCCCAAAGUUUUCUUUCACUCUAGUGUGCUCUGACAUGGAUGGAAUGGGGGACAACUUCAGGACGCCCAGGCACAAUGAAGAGCAGGUGGGAGACAACGGUUCCAACCAGGUGCUGACAGAGCAGCCUCGAGCUCAGCCUCCGGCCAGGGCCAGGAACCGGUCUCGAUACGCCAUCAGAUUCAUGGCAGUUAUCAGCAUCAUCACUGCCCUAGUUGUAGCUUUGGCAGUGGUAACCUCCAAACGUCACUCCUCGCCGCUGGACCUCCCUGGUGCCGCGUGCCCAGAUGACUGGGUUGGCUACCGAGGGAAAUGCUACCUCUUCUCAAAAGCAGAUGGGACCUGGAACGAAGGCCAGAGCAACUGCUCUUCACUCAACGCUUCCCUGGCUGUCAUUGACACCCAGAAAGACCUGGAUUUCCUGCAGCAACAUAAACGCUCCCCUGAAUGCUGGAUCGGCCUCUGCAGGAGGGACCUGGCCCAGCCCUGGAGAUGGGUGGAUGGUACAGAAUUCAACAACAGCCUGUUCAAAGUGGAAGGAGACGGACUAUAUGUAUAUCUCAACGACCGCCCCAGCAUCUCAUUGGGCCAGAACGCCAUGAAAUGGAUCUGUAGCCAGCCGGAUGAACUGGCAAAGAGGAAACAAAAUGGGGCCCUGCAAGCUUUACUGGAGUGAAGCAAAUCCCCUCUCUUCAGCUGCCACUGCUGCUUCCUAUAUAACAGAUAUUGAAUAGCUGCUUUAAAUGCCAUACUCUGGAGCUAGGAGAGCAACUCCAGAAGCAGGGCUCUACCCAGGGGCGGCUCUAAGAAUUUGGCCACCCCAAGCAGGGCGGGACGUCGCAGGGGGCGUGCUGCUGGGCGCUGGUCCCGCACCUCCGCGAGACCUCCAGCAGACAUGCGUGCAGAGGGACGGCUGGUCCCGCGCCUACGGUGGAG